AUGAACCAAACGAAGAGUUGCCUUCCUUCAGCGGCGGCACCAGCGUCGGCAGCAACAACGAAACAGCCGGCAAAUUUCCUCAACCAAACAAGGGUGAAUGUUUGACAGGUGAGCUUUGAAAACUUUCGCUGAUUGGAGGGUCAGACAAUAGGCCAAGAAAAUGUUUCAAUAUCGGCGCCUACGUUGUCUGUAAUCUCUAACAAAAUUUCUUGAUAAUUUUACUUCCAAGAUGAGUGGAGUUGAACAGAAAUAUUGAGAUAAGUAUUAGCUCAAACUUUAACUUCUGCCUUUAAAGAUUUCUUGUAUUCCUUCACAGAAAGAACAACAGAUGCUGGCAAGCCAUUUUUCAAACCCGCUACGAAGAAGCGGAAGGUGUCAACGACGGAUGCCUUAACACAAAUUGACAAGGCGUUAGAGGCAUUUGUUUCCUAUCAACAAGCUGCUGAUAGGAGUUUUCUUGCCGCAGAGGAGGCUCGUGAAAGACGAGAAGAAGAAAGGGAGGAGAGAAGAAGGAAGGAAGACCAGGAGUUUCUGCUGAAAUUGGCGCAGGUACUUCGAAAAUAA